AUGGCAGCUCCCACCCUGCUGCUCCUGGCACUGCUGUUGCCCGCAGGGGCCUGGCCUGGGCUGCCCAGGAGGCCCUGUGUGCACUGCUGCCGCCCGGCCUGGCCCCCCGGACCCUAUGCCCGGGUGAGUGACGGGGACCCGUGGAGGAGCCUGCCUCGAGUGCGGCCCACCAUAGACAUUGAAAUCCUCAAAGGUGAGAAGGGCGAGGCCGGCGUCCGAGGUCGUGCCGGCAGGAGCGGGAAGGAGGGACCGCCGGGCGCCCGGGGCCUGCAGGGCCGGAAAGGCCAGAAGGGGCAGGUGGGGCCGCCGGGAGCCCCGUGCCAGCGCGCCUACGCGGCCUUCUCCGUGGGCCGGCGCGAGGGCCUGCACAGCUCCGACGACUUCCAGGCGGUGCCCUUCGACACGGAGCUGGUGAACCUGGACGGCGCCUUCGACCUGGCCGCGGGUCGCUUCCUCUGCACGGUGCCCGGCGUCUACUUCCUCAGCCUCAACGUGCACACCUGGAACUACAAGGAGACCUACCUGCACAUCAUGCUGAACCGGCGGCCCGCGGCCGUGCUCUACGCGCAGCCCAGCGAGCGCAGCGUCAUGCAGGCCCAGAGCCUGAUGCUGCCUCUGGCCGCGGGCGACGCCGUCUGGGUGCGCAUGUUCCAGCGCGAGCAGGACAACGCCGUCUACGGCGAGCGCGGAGACCUCUACAUCACCUUCAGUGGCCACCUGGUCAAGCCGGCCGCCGAGCUGUAGCCGGGUGAGGGGCCCGCAGCUGAGCCCCGCAGCCUGAGUGCUGGGGGGGUGGGGGGGCAGCAGAGCUUCAGCGCCGACUGUGUGCAGGGAUUGGUUGAGCGCCCACUGUGUGCAGGGAUUGGUUGAGCGCCUACUGUGUGCAGGGAUUGAUUGAGCGCCGACUGUGUGCAGUGAUUGGUUGAGCGCCGACU